GGUCCCCCAAACGUGAGUGCCGCAUCUCACUCCCCCCGAAUUUCGGUCCUCAGGGCCAUGUCCAUGCUGCUCUAGGUGAGCCCCCCGACUGGCCGAACGUCCCCCGCGGAGCUCGGCGGCGCCGUCGGCGACGCCGCCGCCUCCUCCGCUUAGCCCUGCCACGGCAUUUAAAACACAGACUCCGUGCUGGUCCCGUUGCAGUAGACACGCCAAAAAUCCCUACAUCCGCACGCAGUGGACCACCGGCGGUGACGCUCGCGUCUCCGCCGUCGGCGCCGCGCCGACCGAUUGUCCUUCGACAAUUUGUUUGCCGAAUUUUGGUGCCAUUUUUGUCUUACCUGGCCCUGUCCGGUUUCAGAGCGCGCGGAGCAAAGCCAUCAAAGAGGCCAUUAAGGACAAAGCGAAAAUGGCCGCGAAGAGGGAUGUCUACUCCUUCUACGAGACUGAAACUCAUCCUCCGUCGCUUGAAUUUGUGUCAUCCAAGUUCAAGCGCAAGCUGGACAAACAGCCUUCGGACGAUGAGGAAGAGGUGCCAGCUAUAAAGCCAUGCAUCGUGCUGCUCGUGAGGGACCCUUUGUGCGAGGCUGCGUGGCAAAGAGAACAGAAGAUCAUUGAAGAGAGAUCAAAGAUUGAAAUGCAGCAGCAGAAUGGCAACUCGAGCGGGAGGACGUCUCCGGUGGUUGGCGACUGCGAGUUUCAGUGCUCAGCUUGCCCCAAAAAGUUCUCCGGACGCAACGCCUUAAUUUGCCACUCGCGUACCCAUCACCAGAACAACAACAACAAUUACAACAAUUUGCACAGCGCGAGGCAGCAUCAGCCGACUCCACCGCCGGCUGCCAUGGGCGACUACCCUCGCUUCCACCUUUCCAAGGGCGCCUGGAAUUUGGACACGCACUCCCUCAAGUGCAGCAUCUGCGACACACGCCUCCGGUCGCCCUACACACUCAAGCAACAUGUCACGGAGGUGCAUGGCGUGGCGAUUGAAAUAAAAAGCCCAGCUGACUCAGGUCACUCAGGAGGUGGCGAGUGCGUCAACUUCCCAUGCACGCAGUGCCCUAAAGUUUGCAAAACUAAAAAGUCUCUCGAGAAGCACAUGCGUGGAAAGCACGCCGGCCAGACCAACAACCACGAACGGAACUCUGAGCGUGAGGCAAACAGGGCGCUGGACAACGCCAAGUGCAAGGUCUACGAGUGUCCUUACUGCUUCACGUUGCACGCCAACAAGGACCGUUUCAAGAAGCACCUCGGCUUUGUCCAGUACAACUAUUCUGACUGCCAGUUUACGACGGACAAUGCCACCUUACUGCGGCAGAAAGACCCUGUCAGUUGCGAGGUAUGCGGCUCAAAGGCGGCCAACCUGGCCUUCCUACACGCGCACCAAUCUACUCACGUGGAGCUGCCGCGUCCAAACGAGUGCCCGGACGACGAGUGCCGCAAGAAGUUCGUGUUCACGUGCCAGCUGAACCGGCACAUGCUGCUACACCAGGUGAAGAGUAGUCCCCCGCCGCUCAGUCCCGGCGGCUUGAGCGGCCAGAAAGGCCCCAAGGACCGCUUCCGGUGCUCUCUCUGCGCCAAGAGGACCAGGACAAAGGCCAAGAUGGACCAGCAUGUUGACACCUGCCACAAGCCCGACGUGCGCGAAUUCAAGUGCAUGCUAUGUAACAUUAGCUACGCAAGCAUAAAGCAGCUGAAGAGCCAUUAUUCGAAGAAGCAUGAAGGCCUGGAGAUUCCCACCACGGUGGCUCCUCGAGAAACCGAGGCUGCUAAGGAGGAGGACCGCUGGCCACUGCCAGACCCCACCUACACACCAUUUCCUGCGUCUCAGGUGGAGCCUGAGUUGAUGGGUUCCGACUCGGUCAGCGCAUCAGACGCCUUUUGUAUGUACUUCCAGUCGUUAAAUAGCCUCAACCCUGUGGACAUGGACAUACCCCUCGACCUGGAAGCUUUUCUCCGACCUGCAGGCAACAUGGCUAUAACGGAAAAUAUUCUAAACCCACUGGAUUGCGCGAGUCCGGUCCAGACGAGCCUGAGCCUCUCGGCGCCCCUGCAGCAGGUGUCGCCCGAGUUUUCCGGCCUGAAGAACGAGUCGGAGCUGCAAUUUCACACGCUGCAGACGGUGCAGCACUCUGAUGCCAGAAUCACAUUCCUGCAAAGCAGCGCGCCUGCCGCAGAAGAGACGAACGCCGUCCCAACCGAGUUGCUGAUGCCUAGCCUUGAGUCGACCCCCUUUUACCAGCUUGAACAGAAACAGGAAAAUAUAUGUGAACAGGUGGUUUCAUUCACUCCGGCCGAGCAGCCAGUGAGCCUGAACACGCAGAUGCUGCCCAUUUUCACAGCGCCGGUGAUGAAAUACGAUCCAAAACUGGACCUGGCCAUAAAACAGGAGCUCGAACAGAACACUAAGGAGUUGGAGGAGAUGGUCCAAAAGACCAACAUCAAUUGCUUGAUCGCGGUGCCUGAGAGUGAGGUGGUGGCUGGAGGCGCGACCGCCUCUGUCGCUGUCGCCACUGUGGCCGCCGUUGCCACAGUCGCCGCUCCUCAACCGGAAGUGGUGGUGCAGAUGCAGCCCAUGCCUGAGAACUUUGAAAAGAUCGUGCAGGAGAUCCUGCAUUCAAAUGAGCCUUCUCCACAGCCCCAGCAGCAGCCACUGCCACUGCCUCUGCCGCUGACACAGGAGACGGUCAAGCAGAAGCUGGCUGCCAAGACAAAGAAGAAAAAGGAGGAGAAACCUGUACCAGAGGUGCUACCAGAAAUUGCUCCCACAGGCCAGGAGGACUGCAAGCUGUGCCGCAAGGUGUUUGGAUCGCACGAACUGCUGAUCAAGCACGUGCAGCAGAACUGCGCGGGCAAGAAUCAGCCUGGCGCUGACACGGUGUGCCAGUUGUGCGGCGAGCAUCUAUCGGACCGCAAGCUCUACCUGAAGCACAAGAAGGAGCAACAUCCUGAGAGCCUUCUGCCGUGUCCGGCGUGCGACAAGCUCUUCUUCCUGGCGCAGAGCCUCGCUCGCCACACAAAGCAGACGUGCUCCCGGCGCGUCAAUUACACAUGCCGCAAGUGCAAGCAGGCGUUCGACUCCCUUGACGCGCUGCGCACCCACACUCAGACUGAUCAUCCGGAGAACGUCGUCUGCCACAUCUGCAAAAAGGUGCUGGCGAGCAGCCAGAGUCUGAAGAGACACGUGAAGAGCCAUGACAAGGAGGUGCCAUCGGCGGCCGCGUCGUCGUCCGAGUCGUCGGUGUUUCCCCUCGUACCUUUGGUGAACGAGCUGGACGAGUCGAGCGAGAGCAGCGACAGCAUUUUGCGGCGGGUGUCACUGAACCAGUUGGACAACGUGGACGCCAACGACGACCUGAGCCUGCCUGAGCUGUCGUCGUGGGGCGAAAACAUUGACAACAACCUGGCCGAGGAGAUGCUGCUGUGCGGCAACCGCUCGGACACAGCGUGCGAGUUCUGCGGCGCCAACUUCGCCUCUGGGCAACUUCUGCUCGACCACCUCUCGAGCAAGCACUUUCCCAACACUCAGUCCACUGUGGCCGACGCCGUCUCGUGCAAUGACUCUUAGCUCUCUUUGGUUGAACAGUUUUUCCCAGAGAUUUCGCCUUUUUUCGUGGGAGUUUUAAUUUAUGCAAAAAUGAACUUGGGAAUCUCUGGACGUGUGAAAUCGCAUCUUUGCUUGUAAAGAAACGGUUCUCCUUUUGAAUCAUUAUAUGUUUCUUUCGUUCCUCAGCGGUUUUUAUAAUAUGUUUUGGCUAUUGCAUAUCAGAAACUUCCUGAUUUCGUAAUCCUUUUGUAACAAACAUGAAGUAAUAAGGCAUUUAAUUUUCACUAUUAAUUUGUAACUGAAAUUUAUUAUGAAGGACAAUGAUUGCUUGGAUGAUUUACGUCUGUAUGCGGAUAUUGAUUGGUUGUGCAAUAAAAAUGAAUGAACAGAAUCAAA